AUAAUCGUAAUACUCAGUAAUUUUGUAGUGAUGUGUAUCUGUUUCUUUAAUUUACUUUUGGUUAAAAUUUUUUUACCUUCAAUAUUAACAAACUGGAAACUAUUCUUGUGAAACUAUCUUGAUGUUGGAAUUUUUCUAACUUAGAAUAAACAAAUCUGAUUUUCAAUGGGAGAUUAUCUCGGUUCAGUUGCUCUUCCUAGCAUGAAAGAGCGACAGAAAAAAUUAUGUCAAACAAAAUUAAAGCCACGUGCUGAGCCAGUGUAUAAUGAUUCUACGAAUUUUGGUGUUCGUAUGCUUGAAAAGCUUGGUUGGUCUGAAGGUAAAGGCCUCGGUAAGAAAGAAGAUGGGAUGGCUGCCCCAAUUUUGCCGAAAUUAAAACAAGAUAGCGAAGGAUUUGGCUAUGCUGGCGAAAAGGACAAUCACUGGACGCAACACGAUCAAGAUUUCAAUCAGUUAUUAAAAUCUUUGAAUGGCGAAGACGGUACAACCGAAGAUCAGGGUGAACUGGCGAGAAUUAAAUCAUUGGAAGAGAAGUCCAAAAAUUCAAGAGCAAGAGUCCAUUAUAAGAAGUUUACCAGAGGAAAAGAUUUGAGUCGAGCUUCAGCGAAAGAUUUGGCUAAUAUUUUCGGUAAAAGAAGUCUUAAUGAGGUAAAAUUGCAGACGUCCGAGUUGGAAACUGAUAAAAAACCAAGCAAUAUAAGCGAAUCGGAGGAGACUAACAUGUUGGGCUUAACGACUAUUAAUGCUUCGAUGUCUCUUCAAGAAUAUUUUAAAAGUAAAAUGCGCAAAAAGUUCAAAACCGAGGAAGAUGCAACUCAUAACAAAGCAGAAGUAGAACUGCAUGAACAGCUAGCUGAAACAUCAACUGCUACCAUAGAGGCGAACGAGAUAUGCAAAAAGAAAAAAUGUUGCGAUGUGCACCAUGAAAGCAAUUCGAAAGAUACACAAACUUUACAACAGCUUGUUACUAAGAAGAAAAAGAAAAAUAAACGGAAAAAGUCACUUGAAAAAUUAGAACAAAACGAUACACCAAUGGAUAGAAAUUCUACUGAAACACAGAUAGUACCAGAAAUCAUCGAAAAACAAAAGAAGAAAAGAAAAUCGCGAUUAGCAGAUCAAACAGAUUCGAGCACACCUAAUAUUUUCAGUCAUUUAAAUGAAGAAGCAAUUGCUGAAGUGUCAUUAAAUGCCAUUGGUUCAGCAAAAAAUGAGUUGGAUACGUGCUCUAGAAAUGAUAAUCUGCCAAUUACACAAGAGACACCAAUUUUCAAGCAAAAGAAGAAAAGCAAAUCGCGAUCAAUAGAACAGCAAGAUUUAAAAAUAACGACUAUUUCUGGUCACCCAAAUGUUCACAGAGAGUUGAAUGAAGCUACAGAUCUCGAUGUAUCAUCUGGCAUAGUUGAAAAGAAAAUAGCGUCACAUGAUUCAACAGAAUAUAAUAUAAAAUCGAAAACUUGUAAACAAAAGAAGAAACGUAAAUCGCGAUCAAUGGAAGAACAAGAUCCAAAGGCCACAACUAUUGCUAGUCAUAAAGAUGACCACAGAACGUUGAGUGAAACUACAGUUCACGAAGUAUCAUCUGGUGUGGUUGAAAAGAAGCCAAUAGCGUCCAGUGAUUCAACGAAAUGUGAUAAUUUGGAAACGGUAACUGAGAGCGAAAAUACUACAGAUGAAGUAACAUAUCGCGUAAAGAUCAGCGUUUUGAAACAGCUGAAUGAACAUGGUUUUCCAGGAUCGAAUUUUGCCGACAUUGUGGGAUAUGGUCUCACACAGGAUGUUAAGCUAAUUAAACACAAUACAAACAGAAAACAGACAUUGGAAAAACAUCAGUUUGUUCGGAACAAACAAACUUCCUUGAAACGAAAGCGGCAAAUGCUCAAAAAAGUAAGUGCAUUUCAAGGAAUAUAACGUAAGAAUUGUGAAUAGAAAAAUACACUGUGGUAAAAAUAAUCUAGUCAAGUAAUA